AUGUCACCGGGAACAACAAAUUCAAGUCUUUUACCAAUUAUGCGUAAUGAAUAUAGUCUUGAUAGCGUGUGCUGUACAAGACGAACUUUACAUACAUUUUCACAUAUGUGGAUUGUUGAAAAUUUCUCAUCAUAUCUUGAAGAUCCUGAACCAAUUAUUUGUUUAUCAUCAUCACCAUUUAGUCCCGUAUCAGGUUGUAGUGUAGCAACACAAUGGCGUCUUGUUUGUUAUCCAAAAGGUAAUUAUGGUGCAUCAUCAAAUUAUAUGUCAAUAUUCCUUGAAUACAUCAAAGGUGAACGUGACAUAAAAGCUAAAGCUGAAUAUUCACUUGUUAAUCGUAAAUGUGAAUUAACUGAAAUGCGUAAAGAUGCACAAUUUUCAAUUUAUAAAUGUGGUAAUUCACGUGGUUUUAUAAAUUAUGUUAAAUUUGAUACAUUAACAUUAGUCGAGAAUGAAACACUCGAUGAUGAUAAACUUAAAAUUUAUGUACGUAUAACAAUUAUGGAUGAUGCUAUAACAGAAGAAACUAAAUAUCAAGAAUUUGAUGAUAAUGAAAGUGUUAAUUUUACAACACGUGGUUUUGAAAGUCUUGUUAAAGAUUUUACUCAACUUUUACUUCAAUCAACAUCAAAAAUGAGUGAUAUUAAAAUAAGAGUUACUGUACCAUAUGGAGAUUGUAAUAGUGACGAUUCAUUUGAAUCUCCUGUUACUUUUCAUGCACAUAAAUUAAUUCUUGCUGCACGAUCACCUGUAUUUGCAGCAAUGUUUUCUAAUCGUACAUUAGAAAAUACAACAAAUACAAUUGAUAUUAAUGAUUUACAUCCAAAUACAAUUCAAUCAAUGCUUGAGUAUAUGUAUACAGGCAAAGUAACUGAUAUAAAAAAUUCUACAGUUGAAUUAUAUCGUUGUGCUGAUAAAUAUCAAUUAGAAGAUUUACGUUCACAAGCUGAAAUGGCAUUAAUGAAUUCAUUAUCGAUUGAUACAAGUGCAGAAAUUUUAUUACUUGCUGAUCAACAUCAUUCGGAAGAUCUUAAAUCUCGUGUUAUUCAAUUUAUUGUUAGUGGUAAUCUUAAGGCUAUAACACAAACAGAUGGUUGGCAUAGAUAUGUUGCUUGUACUCCUGAUUUAGUUACUGAAGUUAUACAAGCAACAGCUAUUGAAUAA